CAAAGCUAAAGGGACAAACUGGUAACAAGUGAUUCAGAUUCCAUGUCGGGUUAUAACAAGGAGAAACCAAGAACAAUCAGGCUUUUCUGCCCUUCAGUAUCGAAGCUUGUUCCGUUCGUGGCAUGCGAUAGCCAGAAACUGGACCUUGGCUCCAUCUCUCGAUUAUUCGGCCUAGACCCAUCAACAGUAAAACUCAACGGCCACUUUAUAAGCCGAGGGGUUGAUCUUGUUUCUUCUUCUGUUACUUGGAGGUCUCUGCUUUCUUUCUUCUCUUCCAAGGGUUUGUCAACUGGGACUGAUGGUGAUCAUAAGGGCGCUCUCAUUGUUGAUGGCAAGCUUUGCAAAGUUGGGACUAAGAGAGCACAUGAACCUCAAGAUGAUGUUAAUUUGAGUGGAGAUUCAGCUGGAAAUCCUGGAAAAAACGAUGUUGGAAUUACUGCAAAGCGACACCUGAAAGAUAUUUGCUCGGUUGAAAACAAAAGGUUAAGGGAAAGCAGCUCAACAGGAUCCCAUGAUGGAGGUGAAUGCAGUAAUGGAAUUGGUUUCAAGAGAAAGAGUUCCAUAGAGAAUCUCAGCUUGCUCAAGAAAUUAAAGACUAAUGAGACAAACUCAGAUUUGUUCAAACCCUUUACCAUUGAACAAUCAUUAAGAUAAUCUGUCAAGUUCUUGGUUCAUCUUCCAUUUCAACUGAUGCGUUUGGUGCUUCAUACUGUAGAUUUAAAAGGAAGAGGAAAAAAAUAAAGUUAGCCCUGUUUCGAGCACACCUUUUAAAUGCUAUUGAGUGGCAACAUGAAGAGGGGGAGGGAAGAUGAAGUGAUUGCAGGUGUACCUAGCAGGAGGAUCAGCUCUGGUUGUUUCUUUUAUGUGACUUUGGGAUUUGAUUCUGGUAAUUUGGUGUAAACGGAAAAGUGCUCAAAAGUUUUAAGCA